AUGAACACAGAUCCAAUACCACCUCCUAGAGAAUAUAUGAUACCUGAAGAUUUUCAUUAGAACAUUAGAACUAGAUUCCUUAACUUCUUUCGUUAUAAUGUAGGGGAUAAAGCAAGGAAUAGUGUAAUUAUGUUAAAGGGAGCCUAUAAAAUCAAUAAACAUGAUGAGGGUAAUUGAAUAGUAAUAUUGUAGAUUAAUAAUAUAGAGUGGAAUAAGAGAGUAAUUUCCAUUAUUUGUUUGGAGUAGAUUUUCUUAAUUGUUAUGCAAUAAUAGAUGUAGACAAUGGGAAAUCUAUUGUAUUUGUGCCAUAAUAUGAUUCUAAUUAUAAGAUGUGGAAUGUUGUAUUAAACAAUGACGAAAUUAAAUAAAAAUUUAAAUUAGAUGAAGUUUUAUAUAAUGAAGAGAUAGAAUAAUGGUUGAAUAAUAGAAAACCAUCAUUAAUUUAUUAUUUUUAUGGAAUUGAUGAUUAUUCUCAUCAUUCAUUACCUAUACCUGAUUAACCAUUCUUACAAAAUUAUAAUUCUGAUUAUGAUGAAUUAUAUUAUAUACUUACAGAAUGUAGAGUAAGAAAGACUCCAUAAGAAUAAGAUAUUAUGAGAUAUAUUUGUAAAAUUAGUAGUGAAGCUCAUGAAUUGGUUAUUAAAAACAUAAGAAAAGGCAAUAAAGAAUAUUAAAUGGAAGCUUUAUAUUAAUAUCAUACAUUUAUACAUCAUGGAUGUCGUUUUACACCUUAUGAAUGUAUUUGUGCAUCAGGUACAAAUGGAUCUGUUUUACAUUAUGAAGAAAAUUCAAAAACUAUAAAUGAAAGGGAACUUAUAUUAAAUGAUAUGGGAGGUAAGUUCUAUGGAUAUUGCAGUGAUAUUACAGUUACUUUUCCUAGUGAUGGAAGAUUCACAUAAAAAUAAGCUAUUAUUUAUAAUGCUGUUCUUGAUACUCAAAGAUAAGUUCAUAAUUCUUUAAAAGUUGGAGUUAAUUGGGGAGAUAUGUAAUUAUUGGCUGAAAGAACAAUAACUAAACAUCUAUUUAAUGCAGGAUUAAUUAAGGGAUCAAUGGAAGAUCUUAUUAAAAAUAGUAUUUGUAGAUUAUUCUUUCCACAUGGAUUAGGUCAUAUGUUAGGUUUAAGAACUCAUGAUGUUGGAGGAUAUAAUAAAGGUACUCCUCCAAAAUUACCAGGUUUUAUUAUUUAUUUAAUUUAGAAUUAUCUUAAUUAUAAUUUCGUAGAGAUUUGGAUGUAGGAAUGAUAUUUACUAAUGAACCUGGAAUUUAUUUUAUUGAUUUCAUAUUACAAGAAGCUUAUAAAGAUCCUAAUAAAAUGAAAUAUUUGAAUAAAGAAAGAAUUUAAGAAUUUAUGCAUGUAGGAGGUGUAAGAUUAGAAGAUGACAUAUUAUUAACAGCUAAUGGUCCAGAAAUACUAAAUGAUGUACCUAGAACUAUUAAAUAAGUAGAAGCAUGUUGGAGAGGUGAAGAUUGGAGAUAAAUAAAUGAUUGA